UCAGAAUUCCCCAUAGGUGUUCAGCUGGGUUCAGAUCAGGAGACAUACUUGGCCACUGAAUCACGUUCACCUUAUUAUUUUUCAGAAAUGCAACAGUGACCUUAGAUGUGUGUUUUGGAUCAUUGUCAUGUUAGAAAAGUACACGACGACCAAGGGCACGGAAUGAUGGUAGCAGUAGUAUCUCUCUCUUUCAAUAUAGAGCAUCAUGCAGCCCCACAGAAGGGCACUGCCACAACCAUGUUUCACUGUAGGCACCAUAUAUUUUUCUUCGUACUCUUCACCUUUGCGACACCAUACAGUUUUGAAGCCUUCCAUUCCAAAAAACAUUUAUCUUGGUCUCAUCACUCCAAAGUACAGAGUCCCAGUAGUUUUCUUCUUUUUUUUGGCAUGGGCCCUGGCAAAUUCUAGGCAGGCUUUUUUGUGCAUGGGCUUUAGGAGUGGCUUCCUUCAUGGAAGACACCCAUGCCAGCCAUUCCUCUGCAGUAUACUCCUUUUUGUGUCACGGGAAGCAAGCACUCCAGUUUGGCUUUCUACUUCUUUAGCUAACUGCAGUGAACUUGCAUGGCGAUUUUCUUCAACCCUUCUCAUC